CCACUGGUCCCCACAGGCAGAGAGAGUGGAGCUGCACAAGAACACUCACAUCCAACCUCAAAACCUUCCAAAGGAAGAACAUAUUUUUUUUUAAAGGCCAGUCUAGCCUAAGCAGUCAUGUCGGCCAAAGCCAUCUCCGAGCAGACGGGAAAGGAGUUCCUCUACAAGUACAUCUGCACGUCGGCGGCUGUCCAGAACAGAUUCCACUAUGCCUCCGUGACUGCAGAGACCGACUUUGACCGACUGGUCCAAGAGCACCCAUGGCUGCUCACAGAGAGGCUGGUGGUGAAGCCUGACCAGCUGAUCAAGAGGCGAGGGAAGCUGGGCCUGGUCGGCAUCAACCUGGACCUGAACGGCGUCAAAGAGUGGCUGAAAUCCCGCCUCAUGAGAGAAGCAACAGUGGGAAAAGCUAAAGGCAUGCUCAAGAACUUCCUCAUCGAGCCGUUUGUCCCACAUAAACAGGAAGAGGAAUUCUACGUGUGCAUCUAUGCUACCAGGGAGGGGGACUAUGUGCUGUUUCACCACGAGGGAGGGGUGGAUGUAGGAGACGUGGAUGCCAAGGCAAAGAAGCUGCUAAUUGGUGUGGAUGAAAAGAUCAGCGCUGACUCCGUGAAGAAGGAGCUGCUGACUAAUGUUCCAAAUGAUAAGAAAGAGGUCCUGGCCAGCUUCAUUAUUGGGCUCUUCAACCUCUAUGAGGACCUGUUCUUCACAUACCUGGAGAUCAACCCACUGGUGGUAACAAAAAAAGGAGUUUACGUGCUGGACAUGGCAGCAAAGAUUGAUGCCACAGCGGACUACAUCUGCAAGGCCAAGUGGGGCAACGUGGAGUUCCCUCCCCCAUUCGGCAGGGAGGCCUAUCCUGAGGAGGCUUACAUCGCCGACCUCGAUGCCAAGAGUGGUGCCAGCCUCAAACUGACCCUGCUCAACCCCCAGGGCAGGAUAUGGACCAUGGUGGCAGGAGGAGGUGCAUCAGUGGUGUACAGUGACACUAUCUGCGACCUGGGUGGGGUUGACGAGCUGGCCAACUAUGGGGAGUAUUCAGGAGCACCAAGCGAACAGCAGACCUACGACUACGCCAAGACCAUCCUGUCUCUGAUGACCAGAGAGAAGCACCAUGACGGAAAAGUACUGAUCAUUGGGGGGAGCAUUGCAAACUUCACAAAUGUCGCAGCAACAUUUAAGGGAAUUGUUCGAGCCAUUAGAGACUACCAGGUGCCACUUAAGGAGCAUGAGGUCACCAUUUUUGUCCGCCGUGGAGGCCCCAACUACCAGGAAGGUCUCCGGGUGAUGGGAGAAGUUGGCAAGACCACUGGGAUCCCCAUUCAUGUCUUUGGCACAGAAACUCACAUGACUGCUAUUGUUGGCAUGGCACUGGGCCACCGGCCAAUCCCCAACCAGCCUCCUGUUGCAGCCCACACUGCCAACUUUCUCCUCAACUCCAGCGGCAGCACAUCGACUCCAGUAUCCAGCAGAACUGCUUCUUUCUCUGAAAACAAAGCCAAAGUUGAAAGCUCUCCAGCCAAGAAGGCCAAAACUGGAGCUCCAAUCGCCAAGGGAGCUACGCUCUUCACCAAACAGACAAAGUCCCUGGUGUGGGGCAUGCAGACGCGGGCAGUGCAGGGCAUGAUGGAUUUUGACUAUGUCUGCUCCAGAGAUGAGCCAUCUGUCGCAGCCAUGGUCUACCCGUUCACUGGAGACCACAAACAGAAGUUCUACUGGGGCCACAAAGAGAUCCUCGUCCCUGUGUAUAAGAACAUGAGCGAUGCCAUUAAGAAACACCCAGAUGUGGAUGUGCUCAUCAACUUUGCCUCUCUGCGCUCAGCCUUUGACAGCACCAUGGAGACAAUGCAGUACUCACAGAUUCACACCAUUGCCAUCAUCGCAGAAGGCAUCCCAGAAGCCCACACCAGGAAGAUCAUCAAGGCAGCGGAUCAGAAAGGUGUCACAAUCAUCGGACCCGCAACUGUUGGAGGAAUCAAACCGGGCUGUUUCAAGAUCGGGAACACAGGAGGCAUGCUCGAUAACAUCCUCGCCUCCAAACUCUAUCGUCCAGGCAGCGUGGCCUACGUGUCCCGCUCAGGCGGCAUGUCCAAUGAACUCAAUAACAUAAUCUCCCGCACCACUGAUGGCGUUUUUGAAGGUGUGGCCAUUGGUGGAGACAGAUACCCAGGCUCUGUGUUUACUGACCACGUGCUGCGCUACCAAGACACUCCUGGAGUGAAGAUGAUUGUUGUACUGGGAGAGAUCGGAGGCACAGAGGAGUACAAGAUCGGCCAGGCGAUUAAAGAGGGCAGGAUCACAAAGCCAGUGGUGUGCUGGUGUAUUGGCACCUGUGCCACCAUGUUUUCCUCAGAGGUUCAGUUUGGACACGCAGGAGCUUGUGCAAACCAGGCUUCUGAGACAGCAGUGGCUAAGAACCAGGCACUGAAAGAGGCUGGUGCCUUCGUACCCAAGAGCUUCGAUGAGCUGGGAGAAGUCAUCACAUCUGUAUAUGACGACCUUGUUACCAAAGGAGUCAUCCAGCCAGCUGAAGAGAUGCCUCCUCCCACUGUGCCAAUGGAUUAUUCCUGGGCAAGAGAGUUGGGUCUGAUCCGUAAACCAGCUUCCUUUAUGACCAGUAUCUGUGAUGAGAGGGGUCAGGAGCUCAUCUAUGCAGGCAUGCCCAUCACUGAGGUCUUCAAGUCUGAAAUAGGUCUGGGAGGAACUCUUGGGCUUCUUUGGUUCCAGAGGAGGUUGCCCAGGUAUGCUUGUCAGUUCAUUGAGAUGUGCCUGAUGGUGACCGCUGAUCACGGCCCUGCUGUUUCUGGUGCCCACAACACUAUCGUUUGUGCCCGAGCCGGCAAAGAUCUCAUCUCCAGCCUCACAUCUGGCCUCCUCACCAUCGGUGACCGCUUUGGUGGUGCUCUGGAUGCUGCAGCCAAGCAGUUUAGCAAAGCAUUUGACAGUGGCAUGCUGCCAAUGGAAUUUGUAAACAAGAUGAAAAAGGAUGGCAAGCUGAUCAUGGGCAUUGGGCACAGAGUCAAGUCGAUUAACAAUCCCGACAUGAGAGUCCAGAUCUUGAAGGACUUUGUGAAGCAGCAUUUCCCCUCCACCCAGCUGCUGGACUACGCUCUAGAUGUAGAGAAGAUCACCACCUCCAAAAAACCCAACUUGAUCCUGAAUGUGGAUGGCUUCAUUGGUGUGGCCUUUGUGGAUCUGCUCAGAACUUGUGGUGGAUUUACACGUGAUGAAGCUGACGAGUUUGUGGAAAUUGGAGCUCUGAAUGGCAUCUUCGUCUUGGGACGCAGCAUGGGAUUCAUUGGACACUACCUGGACCAGAAGAGGCUGAAGCAGGGUCUGUAUCGCCACCCCUGGGACGACAUCUCCUAUGUGCUCCCAGAACACAUGUCCAUGUAAUCAAACGGACUAAACCAGAGAAGUGCCAGCCCACUGUCUCCAGUGUCUCCUCAACCCACUCGUCAAACCCCCGCCCAUACUAUGAUCUGCCACCAUAAAGCAGUGGCAUAAUAUAGGCAAGAUAUUACUAUUAGUAUAGCUAUAAAUGGCAAAUAUCAAAAGGGAGAAUUUUAAGAGUAAAUUUUUUGUUUUGGAAACCUGUUAGUGCUGCAGUUCUGUGAAUAGUAAGAAAACCUGCUAAACUGUGAAGCUCCAGUCAGACAAAGUCAAGGUCUGAUAAUAUAUUAAUGCAGUUAAAGUGGAUUAUUGAAGCGUUAAACACUACCACUACUACUCUUGUGGCUUUGGCAGUAAAGUUACUGCUAUUUAAAAUAUUACAUCCCUGUAUAAUCCCAGCAUGUGUGUCUGUAUGACAGACUGUUGUGUCUCUGUGCAGCUGUCUCCAUCGUGCCACUUGAGAAUCAUAAGCUUGCUCCACAGGGUGAACAUAACGCCUAUAAUAUGAGAACAUACUGUAGAUCAGAGCUUUAUUUAUGUAUAGGUGUAUUAAUUGUGAAAAUGAAACGGUACGAGAAUGUCGUGAUUUUUCCGUGAUGUUUUCACAUGGCGGUAAAAAGGAAGCAGCAGUCAGCUUACUGUUGCUAAUGGGACCAUUUUAUGAGUCAUUCCUGGCAUUCGCUGCCAUUUGCCGUUCCCGGGAAAUAUUCUCUGUCAUCUGGUGGAAAACGUUGGGUAUUUUGGACACUGUUUUAAAUGUAAGCUAUAACAAAUAUUAAAUGUAUUUUUUUUCUUUCCCUAAUUAGUUAAACAGAUAAGGGAUUUUUUGCCGAAAGCCCCAGGAAACUAUUAGCAUAGUGCUUUCCUCUAUGAGAAACUGGCUACAAAAAGAUGAAAUAUUCACUGUUUUUAAGGUCUUCUGUCGUGACAUUAUUAACAUCAAUGCACUAAUCCCAGCACUACAAGAAAGGAAUUAGUUUUAAUAAGUAAAGUUUUUUCACAUAUUUUUUCACAGUUAUAAUAUAUUAGGUCCUAUUAUUAUUUAAGAUUGUUCCAUUUCUCUGUUAGAGUAAAGCUUUUUAAAGGUCUAUACAGGCCUUAUGUUGAACAUGUGCCAUCUAUUACCCACUGACUUUCUUUCUAUUUCAACAAAAUCAAUUCAAAUACAGGAAAACUGGAAAAGAAGUCUAAUCUUGAAAAAAAAGAAGGAAAAUUGACCUUCCAGAUUGUCAUGUUUGUAUCCAACAGAGAGUAACUUUUUAGACAAUCUGGAUUUUAGAUUUAGAUUUCACUGCUAUUCUUUAUAAAAGAUACUUCUAACAGAAAAGUGAUCCAUUUUCCCACUGUUUUUGAGGCCACAAAGAAAGCUGUGUGCCAGGCCUCACCCAGUCUCCUGAUUAUUUUGUGAAUGUUACACAACUGUAGAAGAAUUCUGUGGACAACCAGAGACCUCACCAGUGUUGUUGCAAUGUUUUUGUUUGUUUCGAUGUGAAUUGAACGUGCCUCUGUGCUGAUCUGUUGCGUGUCGAUAACUGUGUAAUUGAGUAAAAUAAAAUGUAAUUAAUGUAA